GAGGAAGGGGGCAUCAGGGCGGUCGUGGGGGCGAUGGAGGGUCACUUAGAGAGCGACAAAGUACAGGAGGGGGCGUGCAGGGUGCUGGGGCACUUGGCUGCCAACAAUGCCGAGAACGCGGUCAGGAUCAGGGAGGAAGGGGGCAUUAGGGCGGUCGUGGGGGCGAUGGACGGGCACGAAGGGGGGAGCGGGGUACAGGAGGGGGCGUGCAGGGCGCUUGGGCACUUGGCUUCAAACAACGACGAGAACGCGGUCAGGAUCAGGGAGGAAGGAGGUAUCAGGGCGGUCGUGGGGGCGAUGGAGGGGCACCCGACGAGCGCAGGGGUACAGGAGCAGGCGUGCUAUGCGCUGCAGAGCUUGGCAUUCAACAACGCCGAGAACGCGGUCAGGAUCAGGGAGGAAGGGGGCAUUGGGGCGAUUGUCAAUGCGAUGAACAACUACCUAGCGAGCAAGGAAGUACAGGAGGGGGCGUGCAAGGCGCUGGGGAAUGUGACUGCCAACAUGACAGACGACGCGAACACGAUGGAG